AUAUUUUGACAUGUCUAGUGAGUGGUUUACACGUUCACAGUAGCGCCUCGAAUCAUCAGCUGUCAAAGUGAGGUUAACGCUGGACGCGUUAUUAAUCGUUUCCUUGCAUUUUCAAUUGAAAUUUCUCCGUUUCACCGUACAUUCGGACCCGAUUUAAUCCAAAACAACGAUGGCAGAUGAAGAACAGAUGCAUAUAAUUCCGGUUAAAGAACCAUUAGAUUUAAUUCGAUUGAGUUUGGACGAGAAAAUUUACGUGAAAAUGCGCAAUGAACGAGAACUUCGCGGCCGUUUGCAUGCAUUCGAUCAACAUUUGAAUAUGGUGCUGGGUGAUGCAGAAGAGACAGUCACAACGGUCGAAAUCGACGAAGAAACGUACGAAGAAGUGUACAAAACCACCAAACGAACCAUCCCAAUGCUGUUUGUCCGUGGUGAUGGUGUGAUUCUGGUGUCGCCGCCAAUGCGUGUCAGCUAAAGAUGCCCAUCCUACCAAUUCCAAUUGUCUUACUUAAAUCGAAAAAAAAAAUAAAAUUGAAUGUAUUCGUAA